AUGUCGAUCACCCACAUCGUUCUCUUCCAAUUCAAGGCCGAUUUGGCCCCUACAGUCAUUCAAGAUGCCUGCACUCGCAUGCUGUCUCUUCGAGACACCUGCCUCCACCCGGCAUCUCAGAAGCCUUAUAUCAAAACAUCGUCGGGUGGACUAGACAACUCUCCCGAAGGAGCUCAGCACGGAAUCACACACGCAUUUGUCGUCGAGUUUAGCAGCGCUGCAGACAGAGAUUAUUAUGUCAGCGAAGACCCGGUGCAUCAGGAGUUUGUUCGAAGCCUUAGCGGUCUGAUUGAGAAGGCUCAGGUGCUGGAUUUCACCAACGGCGUCUUCUAA